AUGUGUAGUGAAAUACGUACCACGAUCACUUGCCGCGUAUGCCGCAGACUUAUGGUUGAAGCAGCGACUCGCACGAGAUGCCAGAAAGCAAUCGACGAAAACUAUCAGCCCGAUGAGUGUGAGGACUGGAUUCCAUCUGACCCGCAAGAAGAGUUUACGGUGUGCAACAGGUGUAGGAACCGACCUAACGGGGUGGAUAACGGACAGGUUAACGGACAGGUUAACGGAGAGGUCAACGGAGAGGUCAACGGAGAGGUCAACGGAGGGGCUAAUGGGGGAGUCAAUGGGGGAGUCAAUGGGGGAGUUAACGGACACGUUAAUGGAGGCGUUUGA